AUGGGCAAGAAGGGCAAAGGAAACAAGUUGGCCAAAAUGUCGGAGGAGGAAAGAGCUCGAUACCUGCAGAUGCGUGCAGAUAUGGAGGAGGAGACUCGUCGACGUAAAAUGCAAUUGAUCUCACUAUACAUGAAGAACAAACUCAAACGCGAAGAUGCCUUCUGUCGUUUAAACAUUGCCAAAAUUAAUCAAGAAUGGCGCUCGGUGCUGCGACAAGUAAAGAUUCAGGAUCUACGACGGGAAAUCAUUGAGGUGGAGCAAUUCUCAAAGGAGGCACUCAAGCGAAAGGAUCAAGUUAUACAAAGACUUAUUGGCGACAUUAGCACCAACGAGGAUAUGUACGCCAAUCUGCAGCAAUCGCAUAUGGAAAAAAUCAGCAAAAUAAUUGAUACCUACAAAAGCCGCAUUGAGUUCUUCACACAGAGCUAUGAGGAAGACAAGCAGGCGGUGCUCAAGGAAUGGGAGCAGGACUUUGCUGUCUUCAAAGCCAUGCAUGCGGACCGGCAAGAGGAGCUAGAGUGUGUGUUCUAUCAAGUGGAGGAGACCACCGAACGUGCUAUAAAAGACAACCACGAGCGCUUUCUAGAACGCGUCGAGGACCUAAAGAGUGGUAUGCAGCUGCUUUUGGAGAAGAUCACUAGCAAGGGGGAAGCCAAGCUGGAGGGCUUGUGGCAGGAGUAUCAAUCGGUGUUGGCCGGCUACGUAAAGCACAUCGAGGGCUUCUACGCCGAGUAUGUGGAUCUAAAGGAGCGCGACGAAGAAAAUGCCGCCCAAAUAAGCAGCCAGACUUGUGAGAUUGACAAUUUGCUUGGACAGUUGGCCAACUUGAAAUUGGUCACGGAGGAGUUCGCUGGCAAGCAGGAGCGCGAGAUAGAGCAGAGACAGAGCAUUAAGCAACAAUUAAGCGACCGUUUAAAAGAGUUGCGCGAUUGUGUGGAAAAGGAGCUGGGCACAGAGAGAAAACGCUUCAAGGAAAUGUCAGUGGAAAGCUACAAUGCCAUCGAGACGCUCAAGGACAUCGUGUCCAAGGGCGAAACCAUUCUGCAACUGGCUGGUGUUUGCGGCAAAAUGGAAACGCAGCGGGAAAAGAUGUUUCUACUGCCACAAUUAACACGCGAAAUUAUUGAGAUUCGUGAGGUUAAUGAUGGAGCAGCCACUCCCGAUCCUUUAAAGAGCGAAGUGGAACUUCUUCCCAAAAUGGAAACCUUUUGGCGACGUGUCAAUAAUGUGGCCGUGGAUGUGGCUUGCCUGAAGCAGCAAAAGAAGAAGCUGGAAGCCACCAAUGCUCGCUUAAAACUGGAGUUGCAGGAGCACCUGGUUAACCUGAACAUAAGCAACGGCUCUAACAGUCACGUCAACGACUAUAUAUCCAAGCGACCGAAAAGCAUGGUGGUGGAUCGCGUCCAGCAACUACAGCUGCGGCCCAAACAGAUAAAGAGCGCCAUGGCUGCGGAUAGACGUGGGAUGGGGCCCCGUUUCCAUGUACGGGCAUGGGAGGCAAAAACUUCUAAGGUUGUACCAAUACCCGAUAUCCUAAAAAGUCAGCCGCAAUUGACCAUAACCACACCUUUGGGCGAGUAUUUAAAGACGCCUCUGAAAAAUUGUGUUGGAUUGUGUCCCUGCCGCGUUCCUGAUGAAAAGCCGCACUGCUAUGCUGGCAUGCACUGUCCUUGGUCCUAUUCAAAUGUCAAUUCGGGAGUGUUGAAACAACCGAAGCCGAGGUUCGAUGGAUAUCUGCACACCCUCCUUCACGAGCACUAUGCCAGUCAGAAGUUUUCAAAGUCUAGACCCCGUUCCCAAGACUUGUACAUACACGUAAAUCGAAAUAACAGAUAUGCCAAGGGAACGGAAGACUGA